GUCAAGGAGAUCAAGAACGGCCGCCUGGCCAUGUUCUCCAUGUUCGGCUUCUUCGUGCAGGCCAUUGUGACCGGCAAGGGGCCCAUUGAGAACCUGAACGACCAUCUGGCCAACCCGGCCGUCAACAACGCCUUCGCCUUCGCCACCAAGUUCACGCCCAGCGCGUAA